ACGUGGGCGGCCUCCUUGGACGAGGGGCGGGGCACGUACGGGAACUCCGCAGGAAGGGGCGUGGCCGGCCGUUGCCUAGGAGGGGCGCGUCGUCUUGCUGUCCGCCGGGCUGCGACGGUGGAGGGGUUCCGCUGUAAGCUGUCACCCUAGCAGAACCCAGGACUCUGGAACACUGUUUGCUGCCUGUGGAUCUUCUAUGCUUACAGUUUACCAGGAAGCUCCAGCAGCUACACAAUUGCUUCAGAUCUCCCACUGUUAAGACACUUCCUGCUGCCCAUCCUAGGAGCAGCCCUUGGAGAGGAGUCACAGCCCGCACCAGCAAGGACUCCCCCACCCCAACUCCUGUGCUUGCCCUUACCACCAUGCCGAAGAAUAAAGGCAAAGGAGGCAAAAACAGGCGCAGAGGUAAAAAUGAAAAUGAAUCUGAAAAAAGAGAGUUGGUGUUUAAAGAAGACGGGCAAGAGUAUGCACAGGUGAUCAAAAUGCUGGGGAAUGGGCGGUUGGAAGCCAUGUGUUUCGACGGUGUAAGGAGGCUGUGCCACAUCAGAGGCAAGCUGAGAAAAAAGGUUUGGAUAAAUACCUCAGACAUCAUAUUGAUUGGUCUUCGAGAUUAUCAAGACAACAAAGCUGAUGUCAUCUUGAAGUACAAUGCAGAUGAAGCGAGAAGUCUGAAGGCGUAUGGAGAACUUCCAGAGCAUGCGAAAAUCAAUGAGACGGACACAUUUGGUCCUGGGGAUGAUGACGAAAUCCAGUUUGAUGAUAUUGGAGAUGAUGAUGAAGACAUUGAUGAUAUCUAAGCUGAACUAAGCAUGUUACAGUCCAAGUUUUCUGAAGCUAGUUCUGCACAAUUGGGAUCUUGACCUUCAGCUGUUAAGUAAAUCUUCUAGCAUGAGUAUGACUUGUUAAAGUAGAUUGAUGUAUUUCUAUUUUUUAAAGUAUUAUAUUUCUUUGAAAACCAAAGAUGUUGAGUUAACCUAAGUGACAUGUUAACACUUUUGUUCUGAUAGAUGUAAUUGAACUUAGGGGUACAGAAGUGUGCACUGUUGAGACUGCCUUUCCAUUUGUGACGCUUCAUUGCUAACAUGUGAGUGUUCUGUGUCAGCAUCGUGAGCUGCUGAGCAUCAUGGGCCCAAGUCUGCCCUAGUUCCAGCACAUCUGCUUCAGGCCUUUAUGUUCUAAUCAUCUGGCUGGGCUUUGAGACUUCAGUAAGAUUUACAGGUAGUGUAAGUCUGCAUUUGGAGUCAGACAGAAUGCAGCUAUUUUUGUAUUUAUGGAGCAGUGCCAUUGUAUACUUUUCCUGUUCUAUACAUUGAUUUUAGCCUUUAUGUUGUUGCCACCAUAAACGGGCAUUUCACGGUGCAGUUUUUAAAUUACAUGGGUAGCGAUUUUUACUUUUAAAAAUUAGUCAUUGCAGAAAUUAAACACUUAGGAGAUAAUCAUCUUGACUUUAGAAAUACAAUAGUUGACAAUGUUUAUAUGUAAUUUCUACUUUUCUAAGGCAUUCCCCAAAAUAGGAAAUAAAGAGAAAUAAAUAUGUUCUGAUACUUACAUGGAGAAAUUUUCAAAGAAGGUGGUUGUUAAUAACACAAAACAUUUUUUUACUUUGCAAAGUAGAUUGUGUAAAAAAGUUAUUUUCAAAAAGUUAGCUACUAUAUUGAGGCUUUGAAUGAUUUAAUUGCUGUGUAUAGAUUAAAGUUAAUUAGAUAAUUGUAUAAAUGAAGCCUUCCUUAAACUAAGCUUAUGUUAAAGGGAAAGGAGCCACAGCUUAAUGAAAAGUCAGUUCCUGCUUUCUGAGUGGAGGGGUCCAGAAGUAGAAACACAAUAAAAAUAUGUUGAUAUAAAAACAAAUUUUCUCUUUUUAAUAUGUUCAUUAUAUCCCUGAUAUGGAACAAAAUAAAUGACUGGAGCAUUUAAGAUAUA